AUGAAAAUCCUAAGCUGGAAUGCACGGGGUUUGGGGAACUCUAGUGCGUUCAGACAUUUACGGUUGCUUGUUCAGCAGCAAUCGCCCCAAGUUUUGUUUCUUAUGGAAACAAAACUACCAAUAAACUCAGUUUCUCGCUUCCGACAAUCACUCCUCUUCUCAAAUGGGUUGGAAUCUCCUCGCUUGGGUCUUAGUGGUGGCCUAAUGUUACUUUGGAAAGAUGAUAUUGACAUUUCUCUCUUGAACUUUGGUCCAAAUUUUUUUGAUUGUUAUUUGAAGAUGAAUGACAGCCCAACUUUCCAUUUAACCUGCUUUUAUGGUGCUCCCGAAGCUCAUAACAGAUCAGCCUCAUGGACUUUGCUCCAACGACUUGCGGAUGUUGCUCCUCACCUUCCUUGGUUUGUUAUAGGUGACUUCAAUGAAAUCCUUUUUAACAGUAACAAAUCGGGUGGAUCACUUCGAAGUGAAUCUCAAAUGGAAGCUUUUCGGAAAGCCAUUGAUAAAGGAUGUCUACAUGAAACCGUGAUCGAGGGUGAUCCUUUCACUUGGGCAAGAAAUCGUACAGCCGCUAACACCAUUAAGGAACGCCUAGAUUGGUGUUUCGUUAAUAAUCAUUGGGAGGAUUUUUUCCACACACCAAAUGUCCAGCACCUUGACUAUUAUCAGUCAGAUCAUCGUGCCAUCUGCGCUUCAUUCGAUCUACUUUCAGCACAACACAACACCAGCAAACUACGGAAAGAUGAAAAAAACAUUAAAAAAACUCAAAAGAAAGUGGAGCAACUCAACAACUCUCUAUCUCAGGCCGGCAGUCACCUUGAUGAAUUAAAACAAGCUGAAAAUAUUCUUGAUGAAUUAUUGGCACAAGAAGAAACUUACUGGCAGCAGCGCUCGCGGGUUGAUUGGCUUGCUUGUGGGGAUAGGAAUACAAAAUUCUUUCAUGCUAAAGCCAAUGCCAGGAAAUCAAACAAUCAGAUAAAAUUUCUUUUCAAUGAUGUUGGUGCAAAGGUAUCCUCUAAAGAUGAAAUCUCCAUGGUUGUGCGAGAUUAUUAUUCAGAUAUUUUCACAGCUGGUCUAAUAGAUGAUACAGCCCUUGCCUCUAUCUUGGAGUGUAUUCCUACUGUGAUUUCUGAUGAUCAUAAUGCUUCUCUUCUUGCACCAUUUACAAACGAUGAAGUUGGAAAUGCAUUACAAACCAUGUCUGCGGAUAAGAGUCCGGGAAUAGAUGGAAUGUCAGCCAUGUUCUACCAACAACAUUGGUCUAUUGUUGGUGACCAAGUUUCACAAGCCGUGCUUAGCAUCCUCAAUAAUGGUGCGGAUCCUUCAAGCCUCAAUCGAACACUUAUCACUCUCAUUCCGAAAAUCAAGAAACCCCAUACCAUGAAAGACUUUCGUCCUAUUAGCUUGUGCAACGUCAUUUCAAAAUUGGUUACAAAGAUGAUUGUUGCCAGGUUUAAGGAGGUUCUUCCUUUGGUAAUCUCUGAGACGCAAAGUGCUUUUUUGUCUAAUAGGUUGAUUACUGAUAACAUUCUGGUGGCUUUCGAGUUGGUCCAUGCUAUUAAGAACAAGACCACAGGGCGUCAUGGAAUUGCCUCUCUAAAACUUGACAUGAGUAAGGCCUUUGAUCGAGUUGAAUGGCGAUUCAUUGAAGAGGUAAUGAGAAAGAUGGGUUUUGCUACUGGUUGGGUUGCACUUAUCAUGAAAUGCCUAACUACAAACCAGUUUUCUUUUCUCAUCAAUGGUGAAGUAUUUGGUUCUUUAGUGCCAACUAGAGGGUUACGACAAGGCUGCCCCUUGUCCCCCUAUCUCUUUUUGAUUUGUGCUGAAGGUUUGUCGAGGCUACUUCAACAUGAGCAAGAUAUGGGCAACUUACAUGGUUACAAGCUAACGAGACAUGCUCCAUCCAUUUCUCAUUUGUUGUUUGCCGACGACUGUCUACUCUUUUGUCAAGCUGAUGAAAGUUCAUGCCGAGCCAUCAAGAGGGUCUUAGAUACAUAUCGUCUAGCUUCUGGACAAAUGAUCAAUCCUGACAAAUGUGUCAUGUCUUUCUCCCCGAAUACAACUUUAGCUGCCCAAGUUUUCUUUCACCGCCAUCUAUCCAUGCCUAUUCGUGAAUGUCAUGAAAGAUACCUUGGCUUGCCAUCUUAUUCGGGACGAGAUAAGAAGGUACUUUUCAGCAAUAUUAAGGAGAGGAUUUGGAAACUAAUGCAAUCUUGGAACGAAAAACUCUUCUCAGCCGGUGGAAGGGAAGUCCUCCUUAAAGCUGUUGUCCAAUCAAUUCCUACAUAUGCUAUGAGUUGCUUCCGUCUACCGGUCUAUUUUUGCAAACAACUUGAAAGUAUGAUGGCCAACUUUUGGUGGGGUAUGAAUGAGAAUGGCUCAAAGAUACAUUGGCGCUCUUGGAAUUUGCUAUGCAAAAAAAAAGGUGAAGGAGGUAUGGGCUUUAGAUCCUUUAUACACUUUAACCAAGCUCUUCUAGCGAAACAAGCAUGGCGUCUACUUGAGAACCCGAAUUCACUCAUUGGACAACUUCUUAAGAGCAAAUAUUUUCCACACAAUUCAUUCCUAGAAGCUUCUAUGGGUCAUUCCCCAUCACUAACAUGGCAAGGAAUUACAUGGGGCCGUGAGCUGUUGAUCAAAGGGUUGAGGUGGAAAAUUGGUGAAGGUCGAUCUAUUAAUUGUGGUUCGGAUCCUUGGAUUCCUGGUCACACUACCUUCCUUCCCAUUUGCUACUCGGGGCCUUCCAAUGGUGUGGUUGCAAAUUUUAUUACUGAAGAGAGACAAUUGAAUGUACCCUUACUGCAGCAGUUUUUUUGCCAACUUGAUUUGGAGAAAAUCGUGACGAUUCCAUUAAGUUACUUCGGUACAGCAGAUAAAUUGAUAUGGCAUCAUCAACUUUCAGGAAUAUUCACAGUACAAAGUGCCUAUCAUCUUGCAACAUCGCUGGAAGAUGCCGACAUCAGUUCAUGCUCAACUUCUGAAUUAGCUUGGUGGAAGCUGUUUUGGUCACUUCAGAUCCCCCAAAAGGUUAAGAUCUUCGCCUGGCGUAUCACUCAUGAUGCUCUUCCAGUUGCAACCUCACUUGUUUGUAGGAAGAUUAUCACCGACUCCACAUGUUCCAUCUGCAAACAAGCUUGGGAAACCACGGGUCACGCUCUUUUUAGCUACAAAUAUGCUAAAGCAGUAUGGCGAUCUCUUAAUUACAGGUUUGAUUGGCAUGCUUGUACUUCUAUGAAACAUGGUGAUUACUUGAUUCAUCUUGCAUCAGUUUAUACAAAACCAGAAAUGGAGCAACUGUUUUGUACUCUAUGGGCGAUUUGGACUGAACGAAACAAAGUAGUUCACGGUAAAAGUGCUCGGCCAGCCAAGGAUCUUGCUGUUUUUUCUACUGUUUUCAUGCAGAAUUUUAGUGCAGCUCAACAUCGAACUUCACCUACUGCUGCUACUUCUGCAAUCGUGCACCCAGUUACGACUCUCCAAAUGACACCAGCUACUAUUCCUUGGUCGAAACCACCUACUGGUGCUUUUAAGCUUAAUAUUGAUGCAGCAGUUAAUGUUUCCACUUACACAACUGGUGUAGGGGCUGUUCUUAGGGAUUCAAAUGGUCAUGUCAAAGCUGCUCUUUCAAUGCCAAUCACAGGAAACUUUAAAUCUCAUGAGAUGGAAGCAAAGGCUCUUUUUCACAGUCUCAAUUGGGCUAUCCAAAACCACCUGCCGAUCAUGCAUAUUGAGACCGAUGCUCUUAUGGUGGCCAAUGCUUUGAAAGCUCCCUUCAAUUCAAAUUCUGAAUUUAAAGAUUUAAUUCUUGAUGUUGUUAGUCUAUUAUCCUUUUUCCCUAAUGUAAAUGUUACACAUUUUAAACGUUCUGCAAAUGACGCGGCUCAUGGACUCGCUAAAUUUGCAUUAGGGUUGGAUGAGACUUGUACUUGGUUGGAGAUUAUCCCUCCACCUAUAUACUCUGUUGUUGUAAACGAAUCUCUAUUUGUUUAA